AACAUAAAAUGUAUGACUUCCUUUUUAAUAGAAAUCAACAUAUUUUUUUUUCUUUUUCUUUUUUUAAACCUGUCAAUUUCGCCAUGGGUAAAUCUUCCAAGGAUAAAAGAGACGUCUAUUAUCGUCUUGCAAAAGAGGAAGGAUGGCGUGCUAGAAGUGCCUUCAAGUUGUUACAAUUAGAUGAAGAGUUCAACUUUUUACAAGGUGUUCAAAAAGCCGUAGAUCUUUGUGCUGCUCCCGGUAGUUGGUCUCAAGUUCUUUCAAAGCGAUUAAGUGAAAAUCAUAAACAAACACCAGAGGAACCCGAGCCUAAAAUUGUCGCUGUUGAUUUACAAGCCAUGGCACCUUUAGACGGUGUGAUUCAAUUGCAAGGCGAUAUUACGAAAAAAUCCACUGCCGAGAAAAUCAUUUCGUACUUUGAUGGAGGUAUGGCCGAUAUUGUGAUCUGUGACGGAGCUCCCGAUGUCACGGGUCUUCAUGACAUGGAUGAAUACAUUCAAGCGCAAUUAUUACUGGCAGCACUGAAUAUCACAACACAUGUGCUUCGUCCCGGUGGAACCUUUGUUGCAAAGAUCUUUCGUGGUAAAGACAUCACCUUGCUUUACAGUCAGUUAAAGAUAUUUUUCCCCACCGUCACCUGUAGUAAACCACGAAGCUCGCGUAAUUCCAGUAUCGAGGCGUUUAUUGUGUGUCAGGGAUAUCAACCCCCCGUGGAUUAUACACCUACCAUGGCUAACCCACUCUUGGAUUUACAGUAUGAUAGUAUGAAUGAAUUGACAGGACCCAAUCGUACCAUUGUUCCCUUUAUUGCUUGUGGUGAUUUAAAUGGUUACGAUGCCGAUAGAACGUACCCUUUGACGUCCUCUUAUAAACAAUUGGAUCCAUUACAACCUCCCAUCACAGCACCUUAUAAAACCGCCAUGGAAUUAAAACGUAGUAAUUUUUACAGUAGAUUAGAUAAAAAAUAAAGAUGUUCGAAUAUAUAUACAUGUUUUUUAAAAAGAAAAAAGAAAAAGAAAA